AUGACAUCAACCUCGACGUCCACGUGUGUGGUGCAGCAACAUCCACACGAUGCGUCGAACCACAUUAUGCUCGAAGCUCUGCCAGCGAGUCAACAUUCUGCAGAUGACACGGAGUCAAAUGAAUCCCCCGAUGGAUUCGCUGCGUUGGAGAAAUGGAAUCAACCCCAGAUUAAUGUCUAUCGCACGUUUGCGACCUUCUUUAGCUUCCUGGUUAUGGGAGCUAAUGAUGCAGCAUACGGUGCCUUAAUUCCAUAUCUCGAGACCUACUAUAACCUCACCUACACAGUCGUAUCACUAGUCUUCCUCUCUCCGCUAGCCGGAUACACCCUCGCAGCAUUCCUCAACCACCGAAUCCAUAUGUCACUCGGCCAGCGCGGAGUAGCCCUGCUCGGACCCGGAUGCCAUCUCAUCGCCUACGUGGUGAACUGCCUCCACCCACCAUACCCAGUCCUCGUGGUCUCGUUCAUCUUCGCAGGCUUCGGAAAUGGACUGGAAGAUGCAGCGUGGAAUGCUUGGAUCGGAAACAUGGCCAAUGCGAACGAGGUACUCGGCUUGCUGCACGGUGUAUAUGGAUUAGGUGCAGUGUUGGCUCCGCUGAUUGCGACCUCGAUGAUUGCUCGGGCGCAGAUGCCGUGGUUCAAUUUUUACUAUGUCAUGGUGGGCUGUGCCGUCGUCGAACUUGCAACCUGCAGCGCAUGCUUCUGGAAAGCCACCGGUGCCAUCUUCCGGGCUGCGAAUGCACAUUCAAUGGAGGAAAACAAAAAGGGCGGGCUUCGGGAUGCUCUGUUCAAACGGCCGUCUGCUCGUGUGACAUGGCUAUGCUCGCUCUUCCUGUUGGGUUAUGUUGGCGUUGAAGUUGCGCUGGGGGGAUGGAUCGUCACCUUUAUGAUUCGGGUUCGAAACGGUGGCGCGUUCGCCAGUGGUAUGACAGCCACAGGCUUCUGGCUGGGUAUUACGGUUGGUCGUAUUAUCUUGGGCUUUGUCACGCCCCGGCUGGGUGAGAAAUUGGCGAUUUCGGGAUAUAUUCUGUUGUCAAUGGCAUGUGGACUGGUCUUGUGGCUCGUACCUCAAUUCUACGCCUCCGCCGUGGCCGUCUCACUCCAAGGAUUCUUCCUGGGCCCGCUCUUCCCAGGUGCAGUCGUGAUCGUCACGAAGCUUCUCCCUCGACACCUGCAUGUCAGUUCAAUUGGGUUCUGCGCGGCAUUUGGCGGCUCUGGAGCCGCCGUUCUCCCCUUCGCCGUGGGGGCCCUAGCACAGGCCAAGGGUGUGCAAGUAUUGCAGCCGUUCAUCAUUGCCUUGUCAGGUGCCAUCUUCCUGGCCUGGCUGGGACUGCCGCGUGUGUCCAAGGCGCAACACAGCGAGUAA